GGCCGGUCGGCCCCUUCUGGGUCCUCCCUGUGCAGCCCGUGCGGGGCCGUCUCGGAGACCCCGCGCCGACGGCUGCUCAAACAUCAGGCUGGCCCCCGAAAGGACACUCUCCAAGUCCCCAGCUGGGGCCCCUGCAUAGACCUGGAGUGGACAUCCCCUCCUUCCCUUCAUGAUUCGUUUGUAGCACAGUGGCGAUGGAUGAUGAGGAUGGGAGAUGCUUACUAGACGUAAUUUGUGACCCUCAGGCCCUCAAUGACUUCUUGCAUGGAUCUGAGAAGCUCGACAGUGAUGACCUCCUGGAUAAUCCUGGGGAGGCCCAAAGUGCCUUCUAUGAGGGUCCUGGGCUCCACGUGCAAGAAGCUUCCGGCAACCACCUGAACCCGGAGCCCAGCCAACCAACCCCCAGCGUGGACCUAGACUUCCUGGAAGAUGAUAUUCUGGGCUCACCUGCAACAGGGGGCGGUGGCGGGGGUGGCGGGGGCACUGACCAGCCCUGUGACAUCCUUCAGCAGAGCCUCCAGGAAGCCAACAUCACUGAGCAGACUCUCGAGGCUGAGGCUGAGCUGGACCUGGGCCCCUUCCAGCUGCCCACACUGCAGCCGGCAGAUGGCGGGGCAGGCCCAGCGGGAGCUGCAGGGGCGGCUGUGGCCGCAGGGCCCCAGGCCCUCUUCCCAGGUGGCACUGACCUGCUGGGGCUACAGGCCCCACCCACUGUGCUGACCCACCAGGCCCUGGUGCCACCCCAGGACAUGGUCAACAAGGCACUGAGUGUCCAGCCCUUCCUGCAGCCCGUGGGCCUGGGCAAUGUGACCCUGCAGCCCAUCCCGGGCCUCCAGGGCUUGCCCAAUGGCAGCCCUGGGGGUGCCACAGCGGCCACCCUUGGGCUGGCACCUAUCCAGGUGGUGGGCCAGCCCGUCAUGGCACUCAACCCACCCACUUCCCAGCUCCUGGCCAAGCAGGUGCCUGUCAGCGGCUACCUAGCCUCUGCAGCUGGUCCCUCGGAACCAGUGACCCUGGCAUCAGCUGGUGUCUCCCCCCAGGGGGCCGGACUUGUCAUCCAGAAGAACCUCCCAGCCGCUGUGGCCACCACACUCAAUGGGAACUCUGUGUUUGGAGGGGCGGGGGCUGCCACAGCAGUGGCCAGUGGGGCGCCCUCAGGACAGCCGCUGGCAGUGGCCCCAGGCCUCGGCACGUCACCGCUGGUUCCAGCGCCCAAUGUGAUCCUGCACCGCACACCCACACCCAUCCAGCCCAAGCCCGCUGGCGUGCUGCCCCCCAAGCUCUACCAGCUGACACCCAAACCAUUCGCCCCCACAGGCACCACACUCACCAUUCAGGGCGAACCAGGGGGCCUCCCACAGCAGCCCAAGGCCCCUCAGAACCUGACUUUCAUGGCUGCAGGCAAGGCAGGCCAGAAUGUGGUGCUGUCGGGCUUCCCAGCACCUGCCCUGCAGGCGAAUGUCUUCAAGCAGCCACCUGCCACCACCACGGGAGUGGCCCCACCACAGCCCCCUGGGACCCUGAGCAAGCCCAUGAGUGUUCACCUCUUGAAUCAAGGCAGCAGCAUUGUCAUCCCUGCACAGCACAUGUUACCUGGCCAGAACCAGUUCCUGCUGCCUGGCACGCCUGCAGUCCAGCUCCCUCAGCCGCUCUCAGCCCUGCCGGCCAGCGUGGGAGGACAGAUCCUGGCAGCCGCAGCCCCCCACGCAGGUGGACAGCUGAUUGCAAACCCCAUCCUCACCAACCAGAACCUGGCAGGCCCUCUGAGCCUGGGCCCUGUGCUGGCUCCCCAUUCGGGGGCCCACAGUGCCGCCCACAUCCUCUCGGCCGCCCCCAUCCAGGUGGGCCAGCCAGCACUCUUCCAGAUGCCUGUGUCUCUGGCUGCAGGCAGCCUGCCCACACAGAGCCAGCCGGCCCCCGCUGGCCCUGCUGCCACUACCGUCCUCCAGGGGGUCACCCUGCCCCCCAGCGCUGUAGCCAUGCUCAACACCCCUGAUGGCCUGGUGCAGCCUGCCACCCCUGCUGCUGCCCCUGGUGAGGCCGCGCCUGUCCUCACGGUGCAGCCCACCCCCCAGGUACCCCCAGUGGUCAGCACGCCACUGCCUUUGGGACUCCAGCAGCCACAGGCGCAGCAGCCUCCACAAGCUCCCACCCCUCAGGCUGCCGCCACACCUCAGGCCACCACCCCUCAGCCUAGCCCAGGCCUGGCAUCCAGCCCGGAGAAGAUCGUCCUGGGGCAGCCACCCUCUGCCACAGCCACCGCCAUCCUCACUCAGGACUCCCUGCAGAUGUUCCUGCCCCAGGAGAGGAGCCAGCAGCCCCUCUCCGCAGAGGGGCCCCACCUCUCCGUGCCUGCCUCGGUCAUAGUCAGCGCCCCGCCUCCCACCCAAGACCCAGCCCCAGCCACCCCUGUCGCCAAAGGAGCUGGCCUCAGCCCUCAGGCCCCUGACAGCCAGGCUUCCCCGGCUCCAGGCCCCCAGAUCCCAGCAGCAGCUCCACUGAAGGGCCCAGGCCCCUCCUCAUCCCCGUCACUACCUCACCAGGCCCCUCUGGGGGACAGCCCCCACAUGCCCUCCCCACACCCUGCCCAGCCCCCUUCUCGCCCCCCCUCCCGCCCCCACUCCCGCCCUCCCUCCCAGCCCCAGAGCAUGUCCCGCCCACCCUCAGAGCCAGCCCUGCACCCUUGCCCCCCACCCCAGGUCCCCCCAACUCUGCCUGGCAUCUUUGUCAUCCAGAACCAGCUGGGUGUCCCCCCACCCGCCAGCACCCCAGCCACCACUGCCCCAGGCCCACCCCAGCCCCCUCUGCGCCCUCCAUCCCAGCCGCCAGAGGGGUUGCUGCCCCCAGCACCUCACCUCCCUCCGGCCUCCACCUCCUCCGUCGUGGCCUCCUCCUCUGAGACGUCCACCAGGUUGCCAGCCCCUACGCCGUCCGACUUCCAGCUCCAGUUCCCGCCCAGCCAGGGGACCCACAAGUCCCCCACCCCCCCGCCGACCCUCCACCUGGUCCCCGAGCCCACAGCGCCCCCCCCACUGCCUCCUCGGACCUUCCAGAUGGUGACCACCCCCUUCCCGGCGCUGCCCCAGCCGAAGGCUCUUCUCGAGAGAUUUCACCAGGUGCCGUCCGGAAUCAUUCUCCAGAACAAGGCCGGGGGGGCCCCAGCCACCCCGCAGACCUCCGCCAGCCUGGGGCCCCUCGCCAGCCCCACUGCCUCUGUGCUGGUCAGCGGGCAGGCCCCAUCCGGGACCCCCACCGCCCUCAGCCAUACCCCUGCCCCGGCACCCAUGGCCACCACAGGCCUCCCUCCUCUGCUUCCUGCUGAGAGCAAAGCCUUUGCCAGCAACCUUCCGACCCUGAGUGUGGCCAAGGUUGCUUCAUCCGGGCCAGGGAAGUCCUCCGGGCUGCAGUACGACAGCAAGUUGAGCAGCCUGAAGAAGCCCCCUCUGCUCCAGCCCAGCAAGGAAGCCUGCUUCCUGGAGCAUUUGCACAAGCAUCAGGGCUCCGUCCUGCACCCUGACUACAAGACAGCCUUCCCCUCCUUUGAGGACGCCCUGUAUCGCCUCCUGCCCUACCACGUCUACCAGGGUGCCCUCCCCUCCCCCAAUGACUACCACAAAGUGGACGAGGAAUUUGAGACCGUCUCCACGCAGCUGCUGAAACGCACCCAGGCCAUGCUCAAUAAAUAUCGUCUCUUGCUCCUGGAGGAGUCCCGGAGGGUGAGCCCCUCAGCGGAGAUGGUAAUGAUCGACCGAAUGUUCAUUCAGGAGGAGAAGACCACUCUUGCCUUGGAUAAACAGCUGGCCAAGGAGAAGCCUGAUGAGUACGUGUCUUCCUCACGGUCUCUCGGCCUCCCAGUCGCAGCCUCCUCUGAAGGUCACCGGCUCCCUGGCCAUGGCCCACCGUCAUCCUCAGUGCCCGGGGCCUCGGCCCAGCCCCCUCCACACUUGCCCACCAAGCUCGUGAUCCGGCACGGCGGGGCAGGCGGCUCCCCUUCGGUGACCUGGGCCCGGGCAUCCUCCUCCUUGUCGUCCUCUUCCUCCUCUUCUUCCUCCGCCGCCUCCUCCCUCGAUGCCGACGAGGACGGCCCGAUGCCCUCCCGCAACCGCCCGCCCAUCAAGACCUACGAAGCCCGUAGCCGCAUUGGCCUCAAGCUCAAGAUCAAGCAGGAGGCCGGGCUCAGCAAGGUGGUCCACAACACGGCCCUGGAUCCGGUGCAUCAGCCCCCGCCGCCGCCCCCGGCCGCCCUCAAGGCCGCCGAGCCCCCGCCUCGGCCUCCGCCCCCGCCGCCCCCCACGGGCCAGAUGAACGGCACCGUGGACCACCCGCCGCCCGCCGCCGCCGACCGCAGGCCGCUGCCUGGCCCGCACUGCCCCCGCCUGCCCCUGCGGAAGACCUACCGCGAGAACGUGGAGGCCUUGGGGGGCGCGGCCGCGGACGGGGCGGCCACGGGCAGAGCACGGGGCCCCAGCCCCGCCCCGCUUCCCACCAAAGUGGACGAAGCCACCAGCGGGCUCAUCCGCGAGCUGGCCGCGGUGGAGGACGAGCUGUACCAGCGCGUGCUGAAGGCGGUCCCGCCGGAGCCCGCGGCCGGUGCCGGGCAGGGCGGCGGCAGUGGGGAUCCAGGCUGGGAGGCAGCCCCGCCGCCUCCGGCCAAGCGGCGCAAGUCCGAGUCGCCUGACGUAGACCAGGCCAGCUUCUCCAGCGACAGCCCGCAGGAUGACACGCUCACAGAACACCUUCAGAGCGCCAUCGACAGCAUCUUGAACCUCCAGCAGGCCCCUGGCCGGACGCCCGCGCCCCCCUACCCCCACGCCGGCCCCGCGGCUGUCACACCGGCCUCCCCGUCACCCCUGCACAGGCCCGAGGCAUACCCCGCCUCCAGUCACAAUGGUGGCCUCGGCGCCAGGACGUUGAACAGAUAACACCGGGCUGCUCUUCCCUGUCCCUUAGCUCCACGGACGCCAGGGGCAGUUGUGCGUCCAACCUCAGCCUCCUGGGGGACACAAGUUAGGGAUCCCUUGACAAUUUUUCUUGCCUAAGUUAUUUGAGUCUCAAAGGCCUCUCCCCCGAUUCCUGCUUCAGCUGGGUGUUGGGGGUGGGGGCGGUGGCGUGGAUUUAGGGGAGGGACUGAAAUGUAAAAUGUCCCCCUACCAAAGGAGGGGUAAUCCUGGUGUGUCAGUUCCCGUUUGUUCCCACUUCCUGCCACACCCUGCCCCUCUGUCCGGGGACACGUGCGUGUGUUUGCUCAUACCCGGCUACUGGUCUUGUCCGUGUGGUUUCGCAGAUCACGCAUGGAGGGCGCUCGCAGCUGGCAGCUCCUUCCAGACGCGCGGCCUCUCUACUGCUCCCGCAGGCUGUAAAAGCCAACCAGAAAAGGGCGGUGGGAGCCAGCGUCCAGGGCUGUGUGCCCGCAGGCGCCUGCCACGUCCGUGCGUGCAUGUCCAGCCCUGCGACCUGCGUCCCCUGUGUGUGUGCGAGUGAGGGAGAGAUUUCAAACGCUUCCGUCCCUCGACUUUGAAAUCCUGAAAUCCGAGCAAAACAGGAACCCGGGUCUUCCCCACCCCCUCCCUCCCCAGCCGGUCCUCCCUCCCCAGCCAGUCCUCCCUCUGUUCUUCCUGCCUCCAGCCGCUCGCACCACAAUGUGGAAUUUGGAGACAAAACUAGUACUGUAAGAUAAAUUUUUUUGUACUGUAUUUAUUGUGUAUAACGAUUUUUUUAAAGGAGAAUUCUGUACAUUUAGAACUCUUGUAAAU